AUGGGGAGAAAUGCAAAGAAACAACAUUGGAAGAAAGAAAAAUUGUUAUAUGGUUACAUGAAGAAGAUGCAAAGGAUCAUUGGCGUACGUGCAUUUGGCCUGCUUAGAAAGAUGGUUGAAUCAAUCGUCUCGUUCUUACUGCGAAUUAUGUCGUUAUCAUUUCAACGUUAUCGAAACACCCCGUUAUGGAUUGUAAUGAUCACUUUUAUGGGAACCUUCAGGCCAGAAUCGUUGAGAAUAUGGAUUACCCAUCCCAGGAAUCGUAGAAACAUACAGUCAGAUUUGCUUAUCUUCACAUUACUUUCCGUCGUUACGAUGGGUUUGGUAACGGUAUGCCUUUUAGGUAUGCAAUACUUCGUUAUCGAAGGCAAGAAAAUUGGAAUUUCGAAGCUGUGGACCAAAAGGGCCAUAUGGUCUUUUCUCGUCAUCGUGGUGAUGGGAUAUAUCACGACAGUCUAUUUCUUGGGAAAAGAUCAGGUGUCGCCGUGGUACAGGUGGUGGAAGAGCACCGUAAAUGUCAGGCUCGUUAUGGACCCUCAACUGUUCAGGAGACCGCAUGACACCUUUCAUGGAUUCGACAACCAAACGGCAGACAAUGCUGUUUUGCAUAAUGUCAGGUAUACUGCACAUAAUGUUAGACGAUGCAAGAAAAUAGAAGUACUGGUAGAUUCGGUGUAA